AUGGGUGGGGCCCUGACCCGUGACACCCUGUACCCUCCCAAGUUCACCUUCACGUCUGAGCUGAGAGGAUCUGCUAAGAUCAUCCCGGCCGAGGGCCAUGCCCAGCAGCCCAGCUUCCCGCUUUACAUCCUCGACCCCUGCCCGGGAGAUGGCUGGCCACACAGGCCGGGCCCCGCUCUGGGCCAGAUGGCAGGCGACCUUGGCUGGCGGCUCGGCCUUUUGCUGCUCUCCUUGCUCCUGGCUCGAGCUGGUGUCUGGGGAUUCCCGAGACCGCCAGGGAGGUCCCCCCUGAGCCUGCAGGAGUUGCAGAGGGAGUUCAAGGUCAGCCUGCAGCUCGCCAGGAAGCUAUUCUCCGAGGUUCGGACCCAGGCCCACCGCUUUGCUGAAUCUCAACUGCCAGGAGUGAGCCUGGACCUCCUGCCCCUGGGACAUCAGCUCCCCAACGUCUCCCUGACCUUCCAGGCCUGGCACAGCCUCUCUGACCCAGAACGACUCUGCUUCCUCUCCAUGAUGCUUCGCCCCUUCCAUGCCCUCUUGGGAGGCCUGGGAGGCCAGAGGGGCUGGACCAGCUCAGAGAAGAUGCAGCUGUGGACCAUGAGGCUGGAUCUCCGGGAUUUGCAGCGGCAUCUCCGCUUCCAGGUGCUGGCCGCGGGACUCAACCUCCCCGAGGAGGAGGAGAAUGAGGAGAGGAAGGGGCUGCUCGAACGGGCUCCGGGUGGCCCCUCACAGACGUCAGCACAGCUGUCCUGGCCCCAGCUCCUCUACACCUACCAGUUGCUGCAUUCCUUGGAGCUUGUCUUGGCUCGGGCCAUGAGGGACUUGCUCUUGCUCUCCCAAGCCGGAAACCCAGCCCCACCCUUGGGGUGCUCAACAUUCAGCUCCCAGCCCUGA